AUGUCAUAAUCUGAAAGACAAAACUUUUACACAAUUAAUCAUUUCUUCUAAGUAUCAUCAAUUAAAGCUGAUCUACCAUUUUCAUCCAUAGUAAUAUCGAUUCUAAGUCUGAUUAAUAUCUAUUAUACAUUUUUGAUGAAUUAGCAAAUAGAUUGUCAGGAGAGAUAGAAUUAUUAGUUUAGAUUGGAGAACCCUGCAGUUAUAGGCAUUGAUUUGAGGAAUGAUAAAGAUUAUACUAUCUGGGUGAAUUGA